UGGCAGGGCAAUAACUCAUCUUGGGCUCAUUACAACCCCUGCUGCUGGUUCCAGAAGCUUCCUGGUCAUCUUGCUGCGUCCUCAUUCACCAUUAUCCAGAAGCAGUCUUGGGACCGCUGAGGCCUUCUGAAUGUUUGACUUGCCUGCAGCAGCCCCGUCAGAAAUGGCAGAUAACUGGCACACCUUCCAGAAUGAGGGGGACAGUGAACAGGACUCCAGUUCCGUCAACCUUGAUGACAGCCUUACAAGCCUUCAAUGGCUACAAGAGUUCUCCAUCAUCAAUGCCAAUGUUGGGAAGACAGCAUCAUCAGCUGGAGAACAUCAGGGGCACAGGCACAUGCCAGGCUCAGGCGCUCCUUGUUCUCCACUAGCUGCUGAUCCUGCAUGCCUGGGAAUGCCUCACACCCCAGGAAAACCCACUUCCUCAUCUACCUCAAGAGCGGCACACAUGGGCCUCCAGCCCAUGGAGGAGAUUGACUACAAGACCAACCCUCAUGUGAAGCCCCCCUACUCCUACGCAACUCUCAUAUGCAUGGCCAUGCAGGCAAGCAAGAAGACCAAGAUCACACUGUCUGCCAUCUACAAGUGGAUAACAGACAAUUUCUGCUACUUCCGGCAUGCGGACCCCACUUGGCAGAAUUCCAUCAGGCACAAUCUCUCCCUGAAUAAGUGCUUCAUUAAAGUUCCUCGUGAGAAGGACGAGCCAGGCAAGGGUGGUUUCUGGAAGAUUGACCCACAGUAUGCUGACCGGCUUAUGAAUGGUGCCAUUAAGAAGCGUCGGCUGCCACCUGUGCAGAUUCACCCAGCAUUUGCAGGUGCCCAGGCAGCAGCCUCCGCUGAAUGCAAUGGGUCAUCCCCGUGGAUGGUAAGUGUCAACCCAGAGUCCCACCAGUUGCUGAAGGAGUUUGAAGAAGCUACAAACGAGCACAGCUGGAACUUACUGGGUGAGCAAAUCUGGAACACUUCAGUAGAUGCAAAAGGUCACAAGCGCAAGCAGCCGUUACCCAAACGUAUGUUCAAGGUUCCACGUCUAUCCAGUUCGCCCAUGCUUGAUGAGCAAGCCCAAGAAGAGCAAGCAGAACUGGGACCCCUAAAAGGUGACUUUGACUGGGAGGUCAUCUUUGACUCUACUCUUAACAAUGGCAACUUCUCUGCUUUCGAAGACCUAGAAGCCACCCCUCCCUUAAGUCCAGUGACCCGCUCUGUUGACCUAACUGUCCAUGGCAAGCACAUAGACUGCCCCCAGCAAUGGUUCCCCAUGGGGCAGGACCAAGCAGUGGUACAGAACAACAUGGAUUUUGAUGAAACCUUCCUGGCAACUUCCUUCCUCCAGCACCCAUGGGAUGAGGGCAGGAAUGAUUACCUCACUAACUCUGCCAAUCUGGAACACCUGUUUGAUCUCAACGAAGCCUUUCCUCCAGAGCUGAACGACUGGUCUGCCAUAGGAUCUUAUUUAUAGUGGGGCCCAUCAACAUCUCAAAGACACUGGCAAACGUUAUAGACAUUUAUAUUGAUAAACAUUAUAAAUAUGUAAAUUAGAAGAAUUUAUAAAUAUACUUUUAAUGAACUUUAACUAAUUCGCAGAGCAGGUGGCCCCAAUUCCGGUGUUUACAAAACUUGGGAACAAGACUGUCUCCUCCCAAGAGAAAAAGCCUGAAGGUUAUGGGCCCAAACAACAUCAUGGACUCUGGGUGUAAGAACAUCAACAAAUACUGUUCUCUACACAAAAGAAGAGUACUUAUGAAAACAAAA